AUGUGGAAAUAUGAGGCAGGGGGCACUUAUCCAUUAGGCACAGAAGAAGCAGAAGAAGGCCUCAUUGGCGAAGGAGCUGCAGGUCUGGAGGGCAACGAGAACCCUGAAGGCGAUGUGAACCACGAGGGCAACAUGAACCACGAGGGUAGCAACGUUGAUCAGGAGCCCAGAGAGCUGCAGCAGGAGGAACAGGCCCACAUGGCUGCACAGGGUCCACAGCACCAGAAUAGGCAGACGCGAUUCCAGCGCAAUAGGUUUACGCCGUUCCAGCUGCAGGAGCUGGAAAGUGUUUUCCGAGACACUCCGUACCUUGAUUUGCUCACAAGAAGGGAGCUGGCAAGACGCAUUGGUGACACUGAAACCAGAGUGCAG